AUGACCCCAGUAUAUAUAAUGGAGGAUUUGAUAAUACUUAAAAAAUUGGGAUAUGAACUGAACGAAAAUGAACGAAUUGUUCUACCUGAAGAUAUUAAUGAAUCCCGUGAAAACCAAAAAAAAAGUGAACCUAAAUUUGAAGAAAUUGAAAUAAAAUUAAAAGAAAUUGAGUAUAGACCCAUGAAAAAACUUUCUAGGCUACCAUGGAUAGAAACUCUUUGUAUAAACGAUCCGGGGACUGACGAUUUGGAAAUAGAUAUAAAUCAGGAUAAAAAAAGGGAAGAGUACUUCUAUAAAAUCGCAGCAAGAUGUACUGCUUUAGGUUUAACUAAACUUAAGACCAUGGGAAUUGACUUUUCGCGCCCCCACGAUUAUUUUACUGAAAUGUUGAAAUCAGAUAAAUUUAUGAGAAAGAUUAGAUCUAGGAUGGUAUCUAAACUAAAUUCUAAUAGCCAUAAUCACAAUAAAAAAUCCGAUCGCAAGAGUAAACGUGGGAAAAACGUCAGGGGCAAAGACAAAAGUUCUGACAAUGAUGGGGAAAAGUCUAAAAAAUCCUCAAACCUUUUAAUGGGUAGAAAACGAAAAUAUAACAGUGAUAAUAGUAAUGAUAAGGGCGAUAGAUCCAAAAAAUUUAAAGUCAAAGACGUCAAAUUUAAAGAUGGAAGGGAUCGUAAAGGUACGAAAUCACCACAUAAGGAUAAGGAUAGACAGAAGAGACAAUCUACUUUUAAGAAUAAAAGGGAUAAGUAG